AUGUCGGGUUGGUCUUCAUUACCUCUCGAGGUGCGCGACAUCAUCUUGAAGUUCCUAACACAUGAUAACAAGAUCGCGCCCUAUGCCACAGUCUCAAAAGAAUGGCAGAGUGUCAUAGAAAAGAAGAACUUUGGCCGCCUGAAACUUCAUCAAUCAUGCCUCGACUCACUUGAGCGACUCUCGGAGCAACAGCAAGGAUUCGUCAAGCACAUUUGGCUUAAUAUCGAGCUGAAAACAUACACUUGCCGAGCUUGCUGGAAGAUGGAGUCGCUUACAUCGAUCUAUGCCAAUCAAAGAAUCCUGGCAGAAGCAAUCGCGAGGUUGUUCUUCAUCUUGGCCAGCUGGAAGCAGAACAGAGGGGGCUUGACACUGGAGCUUAACGCAUACUCACCAAGCGACUCAGAACAUUGCCACACCAUGGAUAUCGGCACGGCACACCCUGUGAUGAUGCCUUACGACGGCCAUUUGGACCAACUACUCUCAAGUUUCAAAAAGAGCUCCCUUUGGUUGAAGCUACUUUCGAAGAGCGUCAAGAAGGUCAAAAUAUUCGAAGACUUUAACGAAAAUUACCUCGAGUUAUUCCAGCAUUCUCGAGGGAGAAAUUCGUUCCUCAACCCAGACCGAGUCCGGGUCACACAACCCAAGACAGGCGCUGCAUAUGCGCAAAAAAGCCUUCAACUUGAGGACUUUUCAGUUGCUUUUCUUAUUGACGCCUGCCACUUCUUUGACGCUUGCCAGCCGCAUUGGAGAUGGCCUCACCUGCGUUCGCUGGCGUUGACCUCCCGGCUGAUGGACAAGAACAAUCCGCUCUCUAUCAGAAGGAUACUAGAGGCUGCAGCGCAAUCUGCACUUGGCAUGCCAGAGCUUGAGACCUUGACUUUAUGGAAUGGAGCAAAAGGAGAGGCAUGCGCAUUCACCUGGUGUCGACAAGAUGCUUCGAUAUCCUGGCGUGGGACAUGGGAUUUCAAGCUGCACCCUUCGGUGAUUAAGCAUUGGGAGAAGGUGGCUUAUAAAUAUGCUCGUCACGAGUUCGCAGUAAACGAAGAGCUAUUGACGCAAGAAAUUCGCUCUCAUGGGGAUGCGAUUCAAUACCUGGAGAAUAAUCGCGGCUAG